GGCUCGUCCCGCACCACUUGAAACGGUCCUGAUUCGCCCUAAUCGCCGCCCCCGACCCCUUCCAUCUCUGCGGCGGCGGCGCCGCUGUCCCCGGCUCCUCCCCCCUCUUGGCGUCCUCCUCACCGUCCAGGACGUCCAGAUCGCCAUCGUCCUCCCGUCCCUCUCGCCUUCCAGUUCAUCGUCGUCGCCGGCCCUCUCGCCCGUCCAGCUCCUUCACCGUCUUGUGCUGCUCUGGUUAUUGCUCAAUGGUAGGCUGGCGGGCGGCGGGCGCUCGUGCCCUUCUUCGCCGCCUCGGCGCGGCGGUGGCGGAGAAGCAGGAUGGCCGUGUUUUCUCAGCCAGCUAUAGCAGCAGUUGCAGCAGGAGCGCGAAUGCCCCAUUUGGCUUGGGCCAAUAUACAAAUUUGUUGAGGGCACACACCUCCAGGGGAAUUCCAUCCAACUUCCAUCAGCUGAUCCGCAAUGCUGGAAUAUCAACCACAAGAAACUUGCUUGCUGAAGAUAAUGCUAUGGUUCCCGUUUCUUCUCCUUUGACAUCUCCAUUGGGUAGUUCAGAAGAGACAGACAAAAAGGGCGCAGUGGUAAAGAAACUGAAAGUCCAAGCCAUCAAGAAGGAUAUCAAGCAGAGUCCCAAGAAGGUGAAUCUGGUAGCCAAGCUGGUUCGAGGAAUGCGCGUGGAAGAUGCGUUGUUACAGUUACAAGUGACGGUUAAAAGGGCUGCGAAAACUUUGUACCAGGUGAUCCAUUCUGCUCGCGCCAACGCAGCUCACAACCACGGAUUGGAUCCUGAUAAACUUCUUGUGGAAGAGGCCUUUGUUGGGAAAGGGCUUUAUCUUAAGAGGUUGUCUUACCAUGCCAAAGGGAGGUGUGGUGUCAUGGAGAGACCUAGGUGCAGACUUACAGUGGUGGUCAGAGAGGCUACAGCCGAGGAAGAAGCAAAAAUUGCUAAGCUCAGAGUUAGCAACUACAAGAAGCUAACCCGGAAGGAGAAGCAGCUCAUGCCCCACCGGCUUAUCGAGGUCAGCCCCAAGUGGGCUCGCAAAAGGAAAGAGGAGUCUGGUGCCACAGAGUAGUAUGAGUUUUCGUUUUCCAGGAUCUGUCUUUCAACUCUGGUCCUGCAGCUGGAGAGUAGCUGCAUAUUCAGUCUUCUAGUUAUCUGGAUUUACUGAAGAACGACCAUGGCUCUGAAGUGAAAUAAUUGAAGGUCACAUUUGCCUGAGUAGUCUUUGCUCUGUUUGUGUCAUCUGUAUGAAAUCCUUCCAAGAUACUUGUCGAUUCUGCUUUACAACGAAUGACUUUUCCUC